GCGGGAAACCUGAGGGGGCUCUGAGGGGCCGCUGUUGCCUCCUCGUCCCUCAUGGUUUCGCAGAGCAAAGUCUCACAAAAUACACCGUCCCAGUGAUGCCUUAGGAUCCUGGCUUUUGUGCUUUCCGCGUAUUUGUGAUCCGGCCGCUCUUUAGUGCGUAACUCUGAACUCCACACUCAGUGUGAGCUGCUGCUGCUGUCCCCUUUGGGGCAGACACAGCAAUUCCUCUCCAGGCCUGGCAGUCAAGGACUCCUCACUGCCUCAGGCCCCAGAGAUGGAAAUGUUAUGUGUAUUUGAAACAAAAAGUGAAGAGAGCUGCAGUCCUACAUGGGACCACGUUCCUUAUCUGGCAUUUUCCUCUCACUGGGAGCUGCUGCCACGGGAUCCCUCCCAAGCCAAACGCACCGUGAGAUUCCGCUGAUGUUGGAACAGACCCUGGAGAUCAUCGAGCCCAGCCACCCACAGCCCCCCCGGAGGCUGCAGAGUAGCUGCGCACAGGGCUAAUGCCCGAGCACGUGUGGAGGAUCAACCUGGACACACCGGAGGAAGCCCAGCAGAACCUGUCCUUCGGAGCUGCUGAUCGCUGGUGGGAGCAGACGGACCUGACCAAGCUGAUCCUGGCCUCCAACAAGCUGCAGAGCCUCUCGGAGGAUGUGCAGCUGCUGCCUGCCCUCACCAUGCUGGACGUGCAUGACAAUCAGCUGACAUCACUUCCUUCUGCUCUAGGGCAACUUGAAAAUCUCCAGAAGCUCGAUGUCAGCCACAACAAACUGAGGAGCCUUCCCGAGGAGCUGCUGCAGCUGCCCCGUCUGAGGAGCCUCCUGGUGCAGCACAACGAGCUGAGCCAGCUGCCCGAGGGCCUGGGGCAGCUCCUCAGCUUGGAGGAGCUGGAUGUGUCCAACAACCAGCUCACAGCCAUCCCCACCAGUUUUGCUCUGCUGGUGAACGUGGUGCGGCUCAACCUGGCCUGUAACCAGCUCAAGGAGCUGCCUGCAGAUCUCAGUGCCAUGAAAAGCUUGAGGCAACUGGAUUGUACCAAAAACUACCUGGAAACAGUACCUCCUAAAUUAGCAACCAUGGCAUCCCUGGAGCAGCUUUACCUGAGGAAGAACAAACUGCGUUCCUUGCCAGAGCUCCCCUCCUGCAAGUUACUGAAGGAAUUACACGCUGGGGAGAAUCAGAUUGAAAUCCUGAAUGCAGAGAAUCUGAAACAGCUGAGCUCCCUGUGUGUGCUGGAGCUCAGGGACAACAAGAUCAAGGCAGUGCCCGAGGAGAUCACGGUGCUGCAGAAGCUGGAGAGACUCGACCUGGCCAACAACGACAUCAGUAGGUUGCCUUACACCCUGGGGAACCUCCCUCAGCUGAAAUUCCUGGCCCUGGAGGGAAAUCCUUUGAGAACCAUUCGGAGAGACCUGCUGCAGAAAGGCACCCAGGAACUGCUGAAAUAUCUGAGAAGCAAAAUCCAAGAUGAUGGACCUGGCCCCAAUGAAGAGCCUCCUGUGACAGCCAUGACUCUUCCCAGCCAGUCCAAGGUCAACAUCCACGCCAUAACCACACUGAAAUUACUGGAAUACAGUGACAAGCAGGCUGCCGAGAUCCCCGAGGCCGUGUUCGAUGCCGUGGGCGCCAAUCCCGUGGCCACCGUGAACUUCAGCAAGAACCAGCUCAGGGAGAUCCCCCCAAGGCUUGUGGAGCUGAAAGACUCAGUUUGUGAUGUCAGCCUGGGCUUCAACAAAAUCUCCUCCAUCUCCUCGGAGCUGUGCCUGCUCCAGAAGUUGACACAUUUGGAUCUCAGAAACAAUGUUCUGACAGCCUUGCCUGAGGAAAUGGAGGCACUGAAAAGACUGCACACAAUAAAUCUUGCUUUUAAUAGAUUUAAGGUGUUUCCCAGUGUCCUGUAUCACCUCCCAGCCCUGGAGACCAUCCUGCUCAGCAACAACCAGGUGGGAUCCAUCGACCCUGUGCAGCUGAAGGGGCUGGACAAGCUGGGAACGCUGGACCUGCAGAACAAUGACCUCCUCCAGGUGCCCCCAGAGCUGGGCAACUGUGAGAACCUCAGGAGCCUGCUGCUGGAAGGGAACCCGUUCCGCACGCCCCGCGCCGCCGUGCUGGCCAAGGGCACGGCUGCCCUGCUGGAGUACCUGCGGAGCCGCAUUCCCUCCUGAGCCUGGGCACUGCCCCUGGGCCUGGGCACUGCUCCUGAGCCCUGGGUAUUCCUCCUGAGCCCUGGCCAUUCCCUCCUGAGCCCUGGCCAUUCCCACUUCAGCCCUGGCCAAGGGCACGGCUGCUGUGCUGGAGUACCUGCGGAGCCGCAUUCCCUCCUGAGCCUGGGCACUGCUCCUGAGCCCUGGGUAUUCCCUCCUGAGCCCUGGCCAUUCCCUCCUCAGCCCUGAGCCCUGGCCAUUCCCACUUCAGCCCUGGCCAAGGGCACGGCUGCCCUGCUGGAGUACCUGCGGAACCGCAUUCCCUCCUGAGCCUGGGCACUGCUCCUGAGCCCUGGGCACUGCUCCUGAGCCUGGGCAUUCCUCCUGAGCCCUGGGCACUGCUCCUGAGCCUGGGCACUGCUCCUGAGCCUGAGCACUGGUCCUGAGCCCUGGGCACUGCUCCUGAGCCCUGGGCACUGCCCCUGGGCCUGGGCACUGCUCCUGAGCCUGGCCAUUCCUCCUGAGCCCUGGCCAUUCCCUCCUCAGCCCUGAGCCCUGGCCAUUCCCUCCUGAGCCUGGCCUGGCCAAGGGUGCAGCUGCACUGCUGGAACACCUGCAGAGCCACAUUCCAGCACCACAGGAGCAGCCAGGUACCCCCUGUCCCACCAGCACCCUUGGGCUCCACUGCUUCCAUCCUUCUGCUCCUGGCUGGGAGUCUGCCCAGUGCUAAGAACCCAGCUGUGGAACAUUCCCUGCCCUCUGCAUGUUCCAGCAGGGAUUUCAGCAUCCCACACCACUCUGUUUACACUGUUUGUAAUAAAGGACAGCAAGGAAAGCUGCCUUCAGCACAGCCAUGGUGCUUCCUGCAGCUGAGCUGGGCUCUGGAGAGAGUUCUCACCUCCAAAGCACUGGGGCCAAAGGCAGGAGGGACCACGGUGGGUUUUGUAUUCCUGUUUUCUCUUGUUUCACUGCUGUCCCCUGAACUGUCUCCUGCUGUGAGUGAGGUUGAGUGCUUGAGCUGUGAGGCGGUGAGAGAUGCCCCAGGUAUGUGCAGGGCUCACUUGAGUGAAAAUGGGGCUGGUGCUGUGCUGAGACAAUAAAUGUUCCCCUUGGA